AGGCACUAUCAUCAAUUCUGAAGUUGGUUCGGUAUGAAGGAAUAUUCCCUAUUAAAACCAACCGGAAGAAAAUGAAAUGUUUAGAAAUGGCCACACCAUAAAUGACUACCGUCUCGUGGAGUUUCAAGUCUGAGAAACUUCAUUUCAUUCUCGUUUAUUUUUCCGUUCCUUGUGACGACAGAGGACUUGUAUUAGAUUGCGUGGUUGGGCCGUAACUACGGGUUAUAAGUAUGUCUUAGAAGGGAGUUUUAUGAAAUCGCUACCGCUGAACUUCAAGACGAUGCUGCCAGUCUGUUGAGAUCCAUUUAUUAAGCCGGUUAUUACAUUGUCUAAGAAUGAUCGUGUGUGUAUUGUGGCAGUAACGUUAACCAUCCCAAGACCACCCUUGUGCAUUUUGUUGAGAAUGAUCAAAUGUAGCCAACGUGUUAUGUGAACUGUUUCAUUUACAAUAAUAAUAAUGCGCAAUUGAUGUUUCAGCUCAUGAGUAAAUGCUGGUAUUGAAUUGUAGCUUAUUAUUAUUAUUAUUAUUAUUGGGUUUAUUUCAAGAAUCGUCUGUCUACUUGUCUAGCGGCUAAAUGGACACAGUGGCGCGAGCUAGCUGCCAUAUUACAGCCUGAUAGACACUUGGACGUUAUUGGGAAUUUUGGAUUAUUCUUUCUUUGUGGGAAUUGCUGGAAAGGCCACUCAGACUAAACUCACAGAAGAUGUCGUCGUUCUUCAAUUUUCGUAAAAUCUUCAAGUUGGGGUCUGAUAAGAAGAAGAAACAGUAUGAGCACGUACAUAGAGACGAGAACCCGGAGGAAAUCUGGGAGAUUAUUGGGGAACUGGGAGAUGGGGCCUUUGGGAAAGUAUACAAGGCCCAGAACAAGCAGACUGGGACCCUGGCUGCUGCCAAGGUGAUCGAUACCAAGACAGAGGAGGAGUUGGAGGAUUACAUGGUGGAGAUAGACAUUCUGGCCUCCUGUGAUCACCGUUACAUAGUCAAACUGCUGGAUGCCUUCUAUUAUGAAAGCAAACUGUGGAUUCUGAUUGAGUUCUGUGCGGGAGGUGCUGUCGAUGCAGUCAUGUUGGAGCUUGAGAGGCCUCUGACAGAGCCCCAGAUCCGGGUGGUGUGUAGGCAGACGUUGGAGGCCCUGGCCUACCUUCAUGAGAUCAAGGUCAUCCACAGAGACCUGAAGGCUGGGAACAUCCUUUUCUCACAGGAGGGAGACAUCAAAUUGGCUGACUUUGGCGUGUCUGCUAAGAAUACCAUGAUGCUGCAGAGAAGAGAUUCUUUCAUUGGCACUCCAUAUUGGAUGGCUCCAGAGGUGGUGAUGUGUGAGACGUCUAAGGACCGUCCGUACGACUACAAGGCUGACAUCUGGUCCCUGGGGGUCACCCUGAUUGAGCUGGCACAGAUAGAACCUCCUAACCACGAGAUGAACCCCAUGAGAGUCCUGCUGAGAAUAGCCAAGGCCGAUCCGCCCACACUCAUGCAGCCUUCACGCUGGUCACCAGAGUUCAAUGACUUUCUGAGGAAGGCACUGGAUAAGAAUGUGGACCGUAGGUGGUGCACAGCCCAGCUCUUGCAGCAUCCCUUUGUUAGCAGUGUAGUUGACAACAAACCGCUGAGAGAACUGAUUGCUGAGGCCAAUGCUGAUGUCUUAGAGGAGAUAGAAGAAGGCAAAGAGGAAGAUGAAGAAGAAGAGACGGAUGCAACUCUGGUGGUGCCCGGACAUAAGCGAGCGCCAUCAGACACCAGCAUGGCCAGCUCUGAGGAUGAGAAGCUCUCCGAGACCACCUCUACACUGGACUCAGUCACAGAGAAGACAGAGCCUGAGACUGCAGAGGACAAGGCCAGUGAUAAGCUGUCUGACGAGGGCCUUGGGACCAGCGUGGGCGACAGGGCAGAGGGUGAGAAACUGAACGAGGUGUCUGAUGCCAGUAAUGAGGACUUAGUCAAUGGACAGGUGAAGCCCAUGGAGCCCAAACCAGAGGAAAGCCCUGCUGGAAAGCCUGAAGACAUUCCUGACCGUCAGAUCACCAUUGUGCCAGAAGCACCAUCAGACACGCAGGAGAGUGUGAUUGUGAGUGAGGAGACAGGGGAAGAGGAGAAAGUAGAGGAUGGACCUCCACAAGUAUUCAUGAAGGAAAGAGUAGAAGUAGAGGAGAAGAAGACAGAGGAGGAGGUGGAGAAGGAACCAAUCAAAGAGGAGCCAGAGGUGAUUCUCCAGCCUCCCACCAAAUUCACAGAUCCAGGUGACCAGCCUAGGAGUGCUUUAGAGGAGCCUGGCGCCGUAUCGACAGAGGUCAAUGCUAAACCAGAGGAGACUGAGAAGGAGACGCUCAUUGAGGAGAUGACAGAGGAGGUUAAACCAGAGGCUGAUGGGGUCACAGACAUAAACACAGACACCGACUUGAAUGAAGACACAGACGCAGACAACACAGAAUCGGACAUCAACACAGACGCAGAGGUAGACACAGCUGAGGGCUCCACAGAGGUCUCUGCAGACACAGAAGCCCAAAGAGACAAUAAUGUAAUACCGGUGGUGAUUCUUGAGGAGGGGACAACAGACGAGAGGGAGGAGAAGCCACCAGCUGAGGAAGCUCCAUCCCAGGAUGCUGUUUCGGAGUCAAAGACCGACCAGGAAAGCACUCCUGUUAAGUUGAAGCCGGAUGUGGAGAAGGAUUCUGACUCUGGGAGCAGCUCUGCAGCCGAUAGCAACAGCAUGGACCUCAACCUGUCCAUCUCCAGUUUCCUGUCCAAAAAGGCUGAGGCGGGAUCUGUGUCCUUACAGGACACGAGACGGCAGAAGAAGACUCUGAAGAAGACCCGUAAGUUCAUGGUAGACGGAGUGGAGGUCAGUGUGACCACGUCAAAGAUAGUCACCGAUAACGACACCAAGAACGAGGAGAUGAGAUUCCUGAGGCGCCAGGAGCUGAGAGAGCUGCGUCUGCUGCAGAAGGAGGAGCAUAGAGCCCAGCAGGCGCUCAGCGACAAGCUGCAGCAGCAGAGAGAACAGAUCUACCGCCGCUUUGAGCAGGAGAUGACUGGUAAGAAGCGUCAGUAUGACCAGGAUAUGGAGAAUCUGGAGAAGAAACAGAAGCAGACCAUCGAGCGGCUGGAGCAGGACCAUACCAACCGGCUGAGGGACGAGGCAAAACGCAUCAAGGCCGAGCAGGACAAGGAGCUCUCCAAGUUCCAGAACAUGCUCAAGAACCGCAAGAAGGAGGUGAAACAGGAAGUUGAACAGUCACCCAAAUUCAUGAGGAGAGAGCUCAUGAAACUCUUAAAGGAAGAUCUAUCUCUCAUUCAGACUGCAAAGGAGCAGGAGUUUCUGCAGAAGCAGCAGCAGGAGUUGGAUGGAGCCCUGAAGAAGAUCAUCCAACAGCACAAACAUGAGAUUGCCACCAUCGAGAGAGACUGCCUCAACCACAAACAACAGCUUAUGAGAGCUCGAGAGGCAGCCAUGUGGGAGCUGGAAGAGCGCCACCUGCAGGAGAAGCACCAGCUGCUCAAGCAGCAGCUCAAAGAUCAGUACUUCAUGCAGAGACACCAGCUGCUCAAGAGACACGAGAAGGAAAUGGAGCAGAUGCAGCGCUACAACCAGCGUCUGAUUGAGGAGAUGAAGAACAGACAGGCCCAGGAGAGAGGUCGUCUGCCGAAGAUCCAGCGGGGUGAUGCCAAGACACGCAUGGCCAUGUUCAAGAAGAGCCUACGCAUCACCUCUGCACCUGGCACCCCAGAGCAGGAAAGGGAGAAGAUCAAACAGUUUGCAGCCCAGGAGGAGAAGAGGCAGAAGAACGAGAGACUCCAUCAACAUCAGAAACAUGAGAACCAGAUGAGAGACCUGCAGCUGCAGUGUGACUCCAACAUCAGAGAGCUGCAGCAGCUUCAGAAUGAGAAGUGCCAUCUCCUGAUUGAACACGAGACUCAGAAGCUGAAGGAGCUCGAUGAAGAGCACAGCCAGGAGCUGCAGGAGUGGAGGGAGAAACUACGGCCCAGGAAGAAGGCCUUGGAGGAGGAAUUCACACGCAAGCUCCAGGAGCAGGAGGUCUUUUUCAAGAUGAGCGGGGAGUCGGAAUGCCUUAACCCCACAACCCAGAGCCGAGUGUCCAAGUUCUACCCCAUCCCUAGUGUGCACAACUCUGGUUUAUAGCCCUCCUCAGCACAGGAACAUACUGGCUGGGCUCAUAGACUCUGUCCCCAUGGUGGUGGGGUGGACCUCAGCCCUGUUGUUAUCUGGAAACUAGCGUUGGUCUAUUGUGGAUCUUAAGCUAGUGUGAUGUCUUCACACAAGCAUGCACAUAUACUAAUGUUCAAAAGUUUGGGGUCACUUAGAAAUGUCCUUGUUUUGUAAAGAAAAGCAACAAAA